AAGUGACGUCACGCCGGCCGGGUGAGCGGCGGCGCGCGCAGCGGCUUCACUGGCUUCACUUCUGCGCGUGGGCGAUCGCGGUGCUGAGACGUGUGCGGCCUCCUGGGCGACCCGGCGUCGAACCCCGUGGUUGUAGCUGCGAGGCAGGGUCUCCGCCCGGCGCCAAAAUGGCGGCCCCCGGCUGGCGUGUCCGUCGCCGGCUCCGGAGCUGUGUUGUGGGCCGAGCCGUAAGCAGCCAGGCCCUGCCGGAAGGAUCGCUGAGGUAGAUGGAAUUACAUAACUGAAGAAUAGUUGAUGAACUUUCAUGUGGAUUACUGUUAUUUCUUUGUGGUGUAAUACAUCUUGAGAACAUCUCUGCUGGGAACUUGCUUUCUGUAUUAUCUUUCAGUCCUGGGAUAUAGUCUGAAAAUCCUGAAGGCAGGACCAGGACCUAUAUAUGGAAUUAAUUUUCUUCAAAAUGCCCAACUCUAAUGCCAAAUCUCAUCGUGGCCACCCAGGUGGUCAGGAAGCUGGCAGACGUGAGCUGGUUUCCAGAUCUUUACAGAGUGCUCAGCAUUGUCUGGAAAAUCAGGAUUUUGGAACUGCAUAUGCCCACUAUCUCCUGGUACUAAACCUAGCAUCUGAGCUAAAAAAUGAUGUCAGGGAAACUUUCCAGUUUACCCUCUUCAAAUGGGCUGAAGAGCUAGCUUCUCUUGCACGGAUUCAAGAUUUAUUUAACUGCUAUGAGCAGGCCCUGGAACUGUUUCCUAAUGAUGAAAUAAUAUGUAAUAGUAUGGGGGAACAUCUCUUCAGAAUGGGCUUUAGAGAUGAAGCAGCUGGAUAUUUCCACAAAGCACUGAAGCUAAACCCUGACUUUGCUGAUGCAAAGGAGAAUUUUUACCGUGUUGCAAACUGGCUGGUAGAACGUUGGCACUUUAUCAUGCUUAAUGACACCAACAGGAAUCUGAUUUACCAGAAAGCAAUUCAGAAGGUGGUCCACUCUGGUUGCAGAACUGUUCUAGAUAUUGGAGCAGGAACAGGAAUACUGAGUAUGUUUGCCAAGAAGGCUGGAGCACCUUGUGUCUAUGCCUGUGAGUUGUCGAAGACCAUGUAUGAACUUGCUUGUGAUGUGGUAGCAGCAAAUAAUAUGGAAGGAGAAAUCAAACUUCUCCAUAUGAAGUCUCUUGAUAUAGAAAUUCCAAAGCACAUACCUGAAAGGGUUUCCCUGGUUGUCACAGAAACGGUAGAUGCAGGUUUGUUUGGAGAAGGGAUUGUGGAGAGUUUGAUACAUGCUUGGGAGCAUUUGCUUUUACAACCAAAGCCUAAAAAUCAAGACAUUGGUACAGAAGACUAUGGUCAAGUUAUUCCUGCAGGUGCUAUUGUAUUUGGGAUGGCAGUGGAAUGCAAAGAGAUACGCAGACAUCACAGGGUGGGAGUACAAGAAGUUGCCUGUGUGCAUUUGGCAGAAACAGUGGAGUUCUGUAGUCCAACACGUGCUUCUGUGAACUCAGAGGAAACUAUUGAACCUUACACCACAGAAAAACUCAGUAGAGUUCCUGGGGGUUAUAUGCCACUGACAGAACCCUUUCAGGCCAUGACAGUGGAUUUCAACAAUCUGGAGGAACUGAAAAGCCUGGCAACCAGGAAGCCUUGCAAGUUCAGCGUACCUGUCACUCAAGGAGGUAUACUGGAUGCUAUUGUGGUCUGGUUUGUACUACAACUUGAUGAUGAGCACAGUCUAUCUACAAGUCCCAGUGAGGAAACUUGCUGGGAACAAGCAGUCUACCCUGUGCAGGGCCUUCCUGAUUAUUCUGUGAAACCUGGAGACACUGUGAUGAUGGAAGUAUGCUGCCAAGAUUGCUACUUAAGGAUCCAGAAGAUUUCUGUUUUAACUUCAGAGUAUGGGAUGGACAUUGAAAGGGAGAACACACUGGCUUUGGGCAAUGAGGCUGAACUAUGUAGUGCUCUGGCUAGUCUUCAAACUACUAGCACACAGGAUGGCAUGGGGCAGGAGUGCAUGCUGGAAUCCACUGAAAUUGCACUUCUGAACAAUGUGCCAUACCAUGAAUGCUUUAAUGCUGCCAUUGGCAAAGUGUUGUCAUCCUUGAUCCCAACGAGAGAAUCUCUGUCAAUGGAUGUUGAUGGUCACGAUAGAGAGAUGAACUUUGAAAAGAGUCAAAACAAGAACUCCUCAUAUACAACUCAUGACCCUUUGUAUGUAUUAGAUGUGUCCGAGGGCUUUUCGAUUCUGCCAAUAAUUGCUGGCAAACUUGGACCAGUUAAAGCUUACAGUUCUGUUGAAAAAGAGCAGCAUCAAAUAGCCCUUAACAUAAUUUCAGAAGCCAACCAUUUCCCUAAAGAAACAUUAGAGUUUUGGCUCAGCCACUUGGAGGAUGAGAGUGUGGUGUUACAGAGACCCAAAUCAGACAAACUGUGGAGUAUUAUAAUUCUGGAUGUCAUAGAGACUUCAGGUUUAAUCCAGCAGGAGGUGAUGGAAAAGGCAGCAAUAUCCAGGUGUUUGCUUCACUCUGGAGGAAAGAUAUUCCCACAAUACGUGGUGAUGUAUGGGAUGCUCGUAGAAUCACAAUCUUUAGUACUUGAAAGUGCAGUUCAAGGGACUGAACCCACUCUUGGGUUUAAUAUAGCACCUUUUAUCAACCAGUUCAAGGUGCCUGUUUGUGUAUUUUUGGAUCUUGCCACAUUACCAUGUGUGCCCUUAAGCAAGCCAGCAGAGCUGCUAAGACUAGAUCUCAUGAAUCCCUAUUUGAACAGCUCCAAUAGAGAAGUAAAGGUGCAAGUUUGUAAGUCUGGCCAAGUCACUGCCAUUCCAUUUUGGUAUCAUAUACAUCUAGAUGAAGAUAUUUAUUUGGAUACGUCAAGUGAUUCCUCCCACUGGAAACAAGCUGCAGUUGUUCUUGACAAACCGAUCCAAGUUCAGCUUGGAGAUGAACUUGUGCUCAACGUUCAGCACUAUAAAAGCAAUGUCAGCAUCACAGUAAAGCAGUGAAGAGUAGUCACUUGGAAACUGAUUGAUAUGUUCAAAUCAAAGAAAAUUAUCUAUGCACAUUAGCAGAAUGGCUCAGCAUUUAAGGUGUUUAAUAGAAGAGCAUAAAAUCUAGGUUUUAUGUUUUGGCCCAAGAGGGUUUUUUUAAAUUGAUUUAAUUAAAAAAAAAAAAAAAAAAGAGGACCUACUGAUGAACUACAAGCCAUUAUGCAACGACAUUUUGAACUGUUAUAGUGAAGUUAUGUCUUCCUCAGCAGCAGGAAGCUUCAUUGUUAACUGAAUUGAUUAUUUCUCCAAUUUUCCUUUGUACAAGCUGCAAAGGAAGCUGUAAUUUUUGUUGCAGAGAUGCUCACAAUUUUUUGUUUUUGUGUAAGGUGCUCAGAUACCUUAGCAGUAAGCACUGUAUAAAUAUCUACAUACAUAGAAUGCAAUAUUGUGACACAAUUAGAUCCUCCCCUCAAUCCCACACCUAGUUUGUGGCAACUAUUUUAAGUUGCAUAAAGCUGUAUUAAGGAGGCAGUUUUAAAAUAAACUCGUGAAUGCCCUA